UUGCUAAUAAAAAACUCAAUCCAAUUGGGUUGGGAAUUGGAAUUGGGAGCGUCGCAAAUCGCAAUCGCAACGCAACAUCCUCCUACGUUACGUAUACGUACGAUCCUACCUAACCUCAAUGUUGUAAUUAUUCUACCGUAGGCUACAUGGAUUCUUCAGCAGGCUUCAGACGAUCAAAACAAAGUGAAAUAAAAAAUGAAAAAGAGAAUCCCAGAACUAGCAGUGGAUUAGCUAGUCAAAGAAGUUUUAGUGAAGUUUUAGUAAGAGGGAAUAAACUAGACGAAAAGUGUGUGAAAGGCAGAGGCUACACAGAUUCUUCAAAAAACCCCAAAGGAUCAAAACAAAGUGAGUUGAAAAAUGAAAGGGAGAAUCUCAGAACUAGCAGCGGAGAUUCCAGUCAAAGAAAUGCGGUUCUUUUUAGUGAUAAAGUUAGAGGAAAUAAAGUAGACAAAGAGGUUCCAAAGCCACCCUUAGUAAGACCAAUCUAUCCUAAAUUUUCAAAAACUUGCUGGUCUCAAUCUAAAACGCCAACUCAUAAGGAAGAGACCAAAGAAGAGAAAAAAUCUAGAUUAAUAAAACAAUUACAAAAAUUUGAUUCUCCCUUUAAAUGGAAACCGAGAGAAGUUAAGCCAAUCAGCGAGCCGGAGGUCAUAAUUGAAAGAAUCCAAGAAAAGGAUAAAGAGCUGGUGGAUGAAAGAAAGUUUAAAUGGCGAAAAUUUUUACUCCAUUUAGUGAUCAGUUAUGAGUAUUGGCGAGCUAAAAAUAUUUCUAAGGCCUUUGAAGAAGUUUGUGGUUUAGAGUCCUUGUUAAAUAACGAGUCAAAUCAUCGUGACAACCUUUUUAGUUGCAUAGAAGAUGCUUUAAAACAUGUUGUCUAUGCUAGUAAAGCUUUCCUCUACCUGGAACAAAACAUGCUCACUGAGGCAGAAAAGUGCAUAGAUAUGAUCCUACCGAAAGAUGCGAUGAACCGUUCAAACAAAUCUGGGAUCCAUGGCAUUACAGCUGGAGUGUUAAUGGAAUACGGUCACAGAGGAAACAAGUAUGCAUUGGCUGAGGCUAGUAAGGCAAAGGUGAUAGACCAUUCUAUUGCUGAGUGGCACUUCUUCAUCAGUAAAUGCAUGGGGAGAUUGCGCAGAGUAGCUCAAUGUCAUGAUCUUGUAGACAGAACAGAAGUCACUGCGAUUAAUAAAGCUCUUGAUCUUGACAAGGGGAAUGCAACAUACAAAGUUUUCCUGGGCCAAGUCUUGGCCGAGAAAACAUUGAGGGAAUACAAACAUCAUCCUAAAAUAGAACCUGAGCUAAAUAACAAAAUUAAGAAAACAAACCAUGCAGCUAUGAAAAAUUUUGAAGAAGCGGUGGAAAUGAGACCAAAGGAUCCUCAUAUUUUAAUUCGUUGUGCCAAAGGACUGAUGAAACUUCCUUACCGUAAUAAAAAGCUCAAAUUUACCAAAGAAUGUAUUGACAAAGCUUUGGAAUUGGCUCCAAACAAUCCAAUGGUGCAUCAUGUACAAGCCAUGUAUCACCAGAGAUACGAUUGUGAUCAUGAACUUGAGUUAAAAGCAUAUGAAAGGGCGGCUUCAUUAAAUAAUUUUGGAGCAUCAUUGGAUCUCAUAAAACUACACCAUGAACUUCAAACUGGCGAUAUCCUUGAGGAGCUGGAGAUGGUUGCGACCAAAUAUGAGCAAACAGAGAGGGUCCAAGUAGUCUACACACAAGCAGGAUCUUAUCUGCUCUUCAUCAAGAAGGAUUUUGUGGGUGCAUUGAAAUACUAUUUGAAGGUGAUUGAAAUGGACAAAAUGUCAUAUGCCAUGAAGUCUCACAAGCCACUCUUCCUGCGUUUAAAAAAUCCAGUGAAUAUGUUUCAAAUCUUGAUAAAUGAAUUGGCAGCUGAAAAAACUGAUUGGCGUAGUUUUUCACCUGAAGAGAGGAAAGUUUUAAAAGAUGUUAGAAUAAAACUGAUGGAUUACAAACCACCUGAAGGUGCAACGGGACCAACAACUGUGGAGGAAGUGCUGAAAAAAGCAGAGGAACAUAUGCUUCCAAGAAAAAGGAAACAGAAAAGAAAACAGAAAUCAGGUAAAAAGUGGUGUGGAAAAAAAAAAUCUGUAGCUAAAGCUAAAGUGAAAAAAGACUUUUGUGAUGGUGAAAAAUUAAAUCCUAAAUUUAUAAACAAUUCAAGAAGCCCUGUCAGUGAGAACAGAAAUUUAAAUACUCAGAAUAAUCAUAAAAGAUAUAGUAUCAGCAGUUGUAGUUCUGUUGAUAGUAGUUAUCUUCGAGAUAGCACAACAUUCGGACCUAGAGCAUCUUGUCUGCAGACUAGUAAUGAGAAUUUAUAUGGUGCCCAAAGUGAAAGAACUUUGGACCAAAAAUUUUCAAGGGAGUCAGGAGAUUUAAAUGGGAAACGUUACUAUGAAAACAGAAAAUUUUCAAGAGAUUUGAGCAAUUCGAGUAGAUCUAGUAUCAAUUCAGUCCACAGUGGUUUUGUUUGUCGCCCCGAGAAAUUAAAUAAUUGGAUACCUAGUCCUGCAAAAUCCACAGAGGGAAGUCUGCUAACAGCUGACAACGUAAACAAGUUUGAACAGUCAUAUGACAAAAGUAUUCGGAGUUUAAGUCAGUUGUCAUUAACUGAUUCAUUGUAUAAUGAGGUACAAACUCCUAACUCCACAGAAGGAAGUCUGCUAACAGCUGACGACGUAAACAAGUUUGAAAAGGCAUGUGAUAACAGUAUUCGGAGGUUAAGUCAGUUGUCAUUGACUGAUUCAUUACAUAAUGAGGCACAAAGUGCUGCAAACUCCACAGAAGAAAGUCUGUUAACAGCUGACAACGUUACAAAGUUUGAACAGUCAUAUGGUAACAGUAUUCGGAGGUUAAGUAUGUUAUCAAUUUCUGAUGUUAGUGUAGGUAGCCAAGAUAGCAUAAGUACUUUGUCCGUGAUGGAUAGAGUCAAACAAAGUUAUGCAAUGCUUGGCCGUAAUAAUGAACGACAAAGUAAUGCUAAGAAAAACAAAAACUUUAACAAGUUUGGUAGUACUCAAAGUUUGAAUUUGCAGAAAUCUGAUGAUUGCAAGAGGAAUUUGGGAAGUAGUGGAAGUCUUAACAAAUUUGAAGAUAGCAAUCUUAAAAGAAGAUUGAAUUCACGAGAUUCUAGUGUUGAAAGUACUAGAUCCUUCUCAUUUAUGCCUUCUUUUGCUAAGAAAAAAUCUGAAAGUGAUUUGUAGCCAAUAAGUCGGUAUCUGUUAAGUAAGAGGUUGAAUGUCAUUAUGCCUUGUUGUCCGGUAAUAUAAUAAUUUCCAUUUUAGAUUUUAGAUGCCCAUUUAAAGGGGUAAUUUUAUGUUAUUUAAAAUAUUUUAAUAAAUUGUUUUUAGGCUUU